CUAUUCUUAUUAAGAGCAAGCUGGCAAACAAAAUACAAAUAUUAACUGUUGGAGGUGCCGUUAACCCGUUCGAUGCGGGGAGGCAAAACAAAACUUCCACUUGAAGGACAGGAAGUAACAUAUACAAAAAAUACAUUAAAUGGUUAAGAAAACGAUAUGUCGUUCAGUGCCAAAAACAAAAAGAAUCCCCGACUUUUGGACGACGAGGAGCGGAACAAACUAGUCGACAACCCGCUUUUGACAAAUGCGUGUUCUGUCAAUAAGCAACCUGCUCAGGAUCGCCUUAAGCGACUGCAAACCAAUUUAAAACGGGUGCAGGACAAGAAACCGAUCAAGGAUAAGGAGAGGGAGAGAGACGUUAAGCGGAUCACGCGCAGCGCAUCUACAUCCAGUCACUCACAGAUAAGUGCACCUAAGAGCCGAGCAAAUGUCAUUGUGGCACCAGUUGCCACAUCGACACCCCAAAGAUCCUUGCCGGAGCGCCUAAAGGCUCAGACCAAGGACGCCAAGAAUUCAUCCCCCAAAGCCAAUCCGUGGGAGAAGCCAAAGGCUCUGCAGGAGGCUAGUAACCGCCUGAAAGCAGGAAGUUCCCAAAGUGCCAACCAGCGUCUAGCGCAGCUGAGAGCUUUGCUGCAGCAAAAACAGCAGGCCCAGGAGCCCAACAACAAUGAUAUACCAAAAUCGGAGGAGCAGGUUAACCAGAGUCAUGCCGGGAAUUGUGAUAACACAAACUCUACUGCAUUUAACAGCUCCACGACGAGCGAAGUGGAGCCAGAGCCCAUGGAAUGGGAGGAGUGCGAGGGAGAUGAGCCACCCAAACUGGACCAAAUACCCAAACUCGCCGAAAAGGACGACGACAUUUUUCUCAUCCGAGGGGCCACCGACGGCGAGGAGUUACCCACCCGCCUGCUCGAUCACAUGUACUUCGUGCUCGACACAAACGUCCUGAUGCACAACAUCAAGUUCGUGGAGAGUCUCACCGAAGUGGUGCUGCCGGGAACAGUGGGCAGCAUGCUCUACAUUCCCUACGUCGUCAUUAAAGAACUGGACAAGCUCAAGGGACACUCCGACGCCGAGGACACCAAGCGACUGAUUGCCGUUCGAGCGAUUCGUUAUCUGAACACCAAGUUUGAUGAGAGUUUGGAAAUUCAAGCUCAGUCCGCUCUGGAGGAGGCGGAGCACCUCAUCAAAGUGGAUUGCCCAGACGACAGCAUCGUCAACAGCUGCCUGCAGCUGCGUGAGCAGGUGCCGCACAUGAUGCUCCUUACCAACGACGCGAAUCUUCGGCUGAAAGCCAACGCAUCGGCCAUUGAGGUCUCCUGUCGCUCCGACCUGAUAGCCGCCUAUCCCGAUGAGUUCGCCGUCCUGGGCGAUUGACUGGGAUGAGUCGGACGCUAAUAUUAUAGUAUACAAAAGACUGCGAAGCGUUUGUGAUAUUGGAUUCGGAGGCAACAGGAAGGGAUCCGCCAGUCAAGCCAUUGCACCGCAGCAAAAAUGAAGUACAACCGACCUUUUACACUCGCAUCACAUUUACGAGAACCCGGUGAUUUUCACUGAACGGAUAUUAGCUAUAACUGCCUUUUGCUACCAGCAAUAAAGUUUUGUUUUUGGAGAAUA